AUGAAGUAUUUCCAAAAACGCGAGAGAAAGGAGGAGGAGAAUCUCGACAAGGCAUUCCUGGCCUACGAACACAGCAGAGCCAGAGACUUUUACAACCAAUGGCUCAUAGAGUCGAGACGAUCGCAAGAACACCGCACCCGGACUUCCUCAAGGAACAGUCAAACUCAAGGAGGUGGAACUAAGAACCAACCGCGUCAGGACGAUCAACCCUGCGAUAACCGACCUCAAGAAGUCCAGUCCCGAGGAACCCAGGAACAGGAUAGCCAGGCCUGGGGCAGCCAGAUCCCAGACCACCCGCGUCGAACUAGCAUCGUUUCGAACAACUCACCCGGGGACAGCCAACCUGGACACAACCAAACGGGAUUGCUCAGGGAGAGCGAGCGAUCAACUCCCAGCCGAAACAGCCCCACUCUACCAGACCUUCAGGCCCUUGAAAAGAGGGCGAGAGAAAGGAGAAUUCUGGAGCAGAUGAGCUCAGUCAAAGAACCGGAAGAUGUCGUGAUCGUGAGAAGGAUCGAGUUCAUAACAAGAGAAGAGGGAAAAGGAAAAGAAAAGAUGGUCGAGGACUUGGAGGAAGUUGGGGAAGCAGAGCAGACUUCAAAAAGAGACAAGAGCAAAGGAGGGGAAAAGGCCGUCAACUACGACGAACCCAUGCGCAGAAGGCUCAAAAAGGCCGCCAGCUUCUAG